AAAAGAAGCAGCUUUGAGAAGACGUGGAGCGUGACCCCCGGGAUAUCUGUGACAACAGAGACCCUCAGCUGAAAUGAACGCCAACCCCCCUGCAGGAAGCGCCCUGGCCCCUGGUGGAGCCACUGGGCCCACAACACCCAAGAAAGGCCCCCCCAAGUUCAAGCAGAGGCAGACCCGCACAUUCAAGAGCAAGGCCCCCAAACCAGGCCAGAAGGGCUUCGGCGACGACAUCCCCGGCAUGGAGGGUCUCGGCACAGACAUCACCGUGGUGUGCCCAUGGGAAGCCUUCGGCGACAUGGAGCUCAGCGACUUGGCCAAAUACGGCAUCAUCUAAACCUGCUGCCUCCUGCCUUCCUCGCCUGCCUGAUCCUCUCCUCCGCCUCCUCCCCCUCCUCCCCCUCCACCCUACCUCAGCCCGGCACGCCGCGAUAAGGUUGCCGGGGAACCCCCCUAAUGCCCCCUCGUCUAUCUACCUCGAGCUCGUCUCCACUGAGUGGACGGAGAGCGUAAUGAUGUUCUUAUUUUUAUUUUAUUAUAUGAUACUGUUUAAAGUAUAUAUACUUGAAACCAGAAGACGAGAUAAAUGCCUCCACAUACCCUGUCCCCCUCUCCUUCUAAAAUAGACCUCUCCUCACUUCUCCCCCCUCCCUUCAUUCGGACGCCCCCCCGGCCCCCUCCCCACCCCGGCAAUGGACGCAAGCAAAACCCUGGUUAACACUAGCUUGGAUUUGCUUCUAGCAGUCUAUUAAAAUGUAAAUAUGUUUCAGUGUUGAACCUUUAAACCUUGUCUUCCGUCCCACCUUUUUU